CAUCGUAAAUCGGCUUUUAAAUCCCCCCGCACCCAAUCUCUCUCGCUAAGAGCACAAGUGAAUUCUCCUGACGGCAGGCUCAAGCCAAGCCAACCAAAACCAAACACUUCUGCUUAUCCCCAACUCAAUCUCCUCCAGAACCCCGAUGGAUCCCAAUCUCCAAACCCCAAAAUCCCAAGAAUCCACCGCUGAAGAACAGAGCAAGCAACAACAGCUCGCCAUUGUACCUUCCCAAUCCAUUUCACCUCCAUUUGCUGCUGCCUCUAUCUCUCUUUCUUUAUCCACAAUCCUCCCUACCCACUUCUUCAACCAUCCAAAAAUCUCUUCUUUAUUUUCCCACUCACCAACCAAGGCCAAAAUUCCCACUCAGGCAGCCUCUCUCUCUCACCUCUCUCUCUCCUCCUCUACUCUUUCCCCUCCCAAACUCUCCUUCAAGUCCACCAUCUCCGCCAACCCUUUACAGAACACUCUAUCUCUGGGCCCACGCCGCCCCGCUGACCCUUCCAAUGCCGCCGGAAUUCGUCGAGCUUCCAUUGUUUGGUUCCGCAGCGACUUGCGUGUUAAUGACAAUGAGUGCCUUAACUCUGCCAAUGAUGAGUCCAUGUCUGUUUUGCCUGUUUACUGCUUUGAUCCCAGAGAGUAUGGUAAAUCCUCUUCUGGGUUCGACAAGACUGGGCCUUAUCGGGCCAGUUUUUUGAUCGAAUCGGUUGCUGACCUCCGCAAGAACCUUCAGGUUAGAGGGUCUGACCUUGUGGUCAGAGUUGGGAAGCCAGAAACUGUGUUGAUUGAGUUGGCCAAGGCCAUUGGGGCUGAUGCUGUUUAUGCACACAGAGAGGUGUCUCAUGAUGAGGUUAAGGCCGAGGAGAACAUUGAGGCGGCCAUGAAAGAUGAGGGAGUCGAGGUGAAAUACUUCUGGGGAAGUACUUUGUAUCACGUGGAUGAUCUGCCUUUCAAGUUGGAAGACAUGCCAUCAAAUUAUAGUGGAUUCAAGGAUAAAUUACAGGGAGUGGAGCUUAGGAAAACUGUUGCUGCAUUGGAUCAGUUGAAGGGGAUGCCAUCAAGAGGAGAUGUGGAGCCUGGCGAGAUCCCGUCUUUGCUGGAUUUGGGUCUCAGCCCCACCCAGGAAGGAAAGGCAGUUGCUAACGCUUCUAUGGUGGGAGGGGAGACUGAAGCGCUACAGAAGCUUAAAAAAUUUGCGGCAGAGUGUGAAGCACAACCACCCAAAGGAGGUAGCCAUGACAGCAUAUAUGGUGCAAACUUCUCCUGCAAAAUUUCCCCAUGGCUAACCAUUGGAUGCAUCUCACCCCGUUCCAUGUUUGAUGAGAUAAAGAAAACAGCUGCCAGAACUAUUUCUGCUGCUGCAAACCGGAAUGAUGGUGCUAGCUCUACAGACACCGGAAUGAACUGGUUGAUGUUUGAGUUACUGUGGAGGGAUUUCUUCAGAUUCAUCACCAAAAAGUACAGUUCUCCAAAGAAACAGCUUGAAGCAGCUCCAGCCGCAGCUUGUACGGGUGUGCUUGCAUAGGCAAGAAUCCAUUUUGGUUGUCAAAGGAAGCUUAUUUUAUGCAGAUUGCAUGCAAAAUUGGUUUCAACAGUGUAGUUAGAUGUUGUAGUAGUGGUGAUGAAAGGGAGUUCCCAUCAAAUAAGUUCACUGAAAUUUGGACACUGCAUUAUUUUAGAAACUUUUCUUUUUUUUUUUAUCACUCUUGUGAAUAACAAAUCCCUGGUUCUGUUUUUUUAUCUGUUAUCUCAUUUUAUAUCAUAUGAUAAAUCUAGCUCAAAAUUAAGCA